AUGGGGCUCUUUGAAGGCUACGUGCCCGAGCAUGCUCUUGAAAAUCUCAAGAAAUACAAAUACUCUGGCGUCGACAAAUCACUGCUGAGCAAUUACGUUCUCAAUCCGUUCUGGAACCAGUUUGUAAAGAUUUGGCCGAGGACCAUUGCACCUAAUACUAUUACUUUCCUUGGGCUUUGUCUCGUGUUGACCAACUUUGCCACCUUGCUCUACUAUGACGCUGCGUACUUGACAGAAAAGGCAGGUGCUAGUGGUCCACCGCAGUGGGUCUACUUUACCUGGGCUGCGGGUCUCUUCUGGUAUCAGUCCUUUGAUGCCAUUGACGGCAAGCAAGCUCGCCGAACGGGCAUGGCAGGGCCUCUAGGCCAGAUGUUCGACCACGGGUGUGACGCAUUGAAUACAACACUCGAAGUGAUUCUCGCUUGUCGCGCGCUUAACCUCGGUCGAUCUUGGUGGCCCAUUUCUUCUCAAAUCGCUACGCUCGCCAAUUUCUACCUCACCACAUGGGAAGAAUUUCAUACCGGAACCUUGUAUUUGGGAUACUUCUCUGGUCCAGUGGAGGGUAUUAUUAUGAUUGUUGGUUUGUACAUAUUGACUGGGGCCUACGGACCCUCGACUUGGGAUCGCCCGGUAACGGACUUCCUCCCAGGAGUGCUCAAUGUGAAAGGAUUGGUUGGCGAUUUGAAAGUAAAUGAGACGCUGAUGGUCCUGGGGGCCGUUGGGCUGAUAGGAAACAUUGCAGCAUCGUACAUGAAUGUUUUAAAGUCGUGCCGCAAAAAUAACGAAUCCCCAAUUACCCCUCUCGUUCGACUCAUUCCCUUCAUCGUUUCCACUGCCCUCCACAUCCUUUGGCUCGCUGCCCCUCUCACACCUUCCUCUCACCUCACUUCGAAUCCUAUUACCCCGGCGGAUAGUACCGUAGACCCGCACAAGGGAUUCACCGCAGUUCAAAUUGCGCCAGGAAAGGAUCUACUAUUACACAGUCCUGCAUUUGUUCCGUUCUUGUGCAUGUGGGGGUUGCAGUUUGCCCACCAGGUUGGGCGAAUAAUCUUGGCGCAUGUGACGCACCAGCCGUUCCCUAUGUUUGAUGCAGGAUGGAUUUGGGCCACCAUAAGUCUAGUGGAUGCGUGGAGCUGGAGAUUGUUUGGUCGGGCCCCUGUUCUGCACUCGAAUCCUCUCUUAUUUAUUUUAAUCUCUCUUGGGGCCUCUUUCUUGGCCUAUGGCAGGUUCUGUAUUGCUGUGAUUAACGACAUCACAAACUAUCUUGGCAUCGCAUGCUUCACGGUUAGGAAGAAAGACGAGCACGGGGAGUGGAAGGAUGCUGUUAAAAAGGAGGAGUGA